AUGGCGUUAAGGUCUACAUCUAAUCUUAUGAAUUAUAUCUGCCCAUCUUUAAUAUCUAAGCUCAUACAUAGUUAUUUUUGUUUUUCAGAUGUUAAAUCUCAAAUCUGGCGAUGAGCUGCUCCACGUUUUCUGUACUUUAUCCAACAGAAUAUCCUCUCUGAUGAUAUAAGUGUGUGUGCGUGUGUGCGUCCUUGUGUGCACGUAAAUAUGUGUGUGUCUGUCUGUGUGUAUGAGUGUGUGUUUUGUCUGCAGUUUGUUGUGUUCCCAUGCCAACCCCUGUGUGUCUGUGGUUGUGGGUCAGAGGGUUAGCGUGGCUCCGUGUUGCCUAUAAGCAGAUAAGAGCCAGCGGGGGGAAACUAUGUGAAUCCUAGUAACACUGCCCCCGCUCUCCCUCCCUCCGUUCCUUGUCCAGCCUGCCUGCCUCCAGUCUGUCUGGUGCCAAGUAUCAGAUUUCAGAAUUUCCUUCUACAAGCCACAUUUAGAGUCAGCCAGCAGAGUCCACACAUCCCCUUGCCCCUCUCUCUCUUUCAAUCUUUCUCUCUCUCUGUCUCUCUCUCUCUUGCUAUCACUUUUUCUCUCUCACUAUCCCGCCCUUUCUGGCUCUAUCUCACACUCUCUCUUUCUGGCUGUCUCUACUUUGCUCUCUCUCAACCUCUGUCCCCUUUAUCCCUCUCUGUCAGUACUGUCCUUCUGCCUCAUUAUGCAUCUCUCUCUCUCUGCCUCAUUAUGCAUCUCUCUCUCGCGCACACACGCGCGUGGAAACACACACAAUCCUUCACCUUCUGUGACAUGAAUACAAUGAUAAUUGUAGAAGUUACCUCUAACCAAAUCAAAAAUAAUAUCACAUUUUAAUUGUCACAUGCUUCGUAAACAACAAGUGUAGACUAACAGUGAAAUGCUUACUUACAGGCCUUUCCCAACAAUGCAGAAUACAAUAAAAAAAGUAUGAAUGUAACACGAGGAAUAAAUACACAAUGAGCAAUGACAGCUUGGCUAAAUACAGUAUAUGUUGAGUAUGUAUGAGUUGAUGUGCGGGAGUACAAGGAAAUGUAGGUAGAUACAGUAUGUACAUAUACAGUGCCUUCGGAAAGUAUUCAGACCCCUUGACUUUCCACAUUUUGUUACGUUACAGCCUUAUUCUAAAAUGGAUUUAAAAAUAAUAUCUUUAGCAAUUUACGCAAAAUACCCCAUAAUGACAAAUGUAAAUACCUUAUUUACAUAAGAAUUCAGAUCAUUUGCUAUGAGACUCGAAAUUGAGCUCAGGUGUAUCCUGUUUCCAUUGAUCAUCCUUGAGAUGUUUCUACAACUAUAUUGGAAUCCACCUGUCGUAAAUUCAAUUGAUUGAACAUGAUUUGGAAAGGCACACACCUGUCUAUACAAGGUCCCACAGUUGACAGUGCAUGUCAGAGCAAAAACAUAGCCAUGAGGUUGAAGGAAUUUUCCGUAGAGCUCCGAGACAGGAUUGUGUUGAGGAACAGAUCUAGGGAAGGGUACAAAAACAUUUCUGCAGCAUUGAAGGUCCCCAAGAACACAGUGGCCUCCAUCAUUCUUAAAUGGAAGAAGUUUGGAACCACAGAGAAUCUUCCUAGAGCUAGCCGCCUAGCCAAAACUGAGCAAUCGGAGGAGAAGGGACUUGGUCAGGGAGGUGACCAAGAACCCGAUGGUCACUCUGACAGAGCUCCAGAGUUCCUCUGUGGAGAUGGGAGAACCUUCCAGAAGGACCACCAUCUCUGCAGACGUCCACCAAUCAGGCCUCUAUGGUAGAGUGGCCAGACGGAAACCAUUCCUCAGUAAAAGGCACAUGACAGCCCGCUUGGAGUUUGCCAAAAGGCACCUAAAGACUCUCAGACCAUGAGAAACAAGAUUCUCUGGUCUGAUGAAACCAAGAUUGAACUCUUUGGCCUGAAUGCCAAGCGUCACGUCUGGAGGAAACCUGGCACCAUUCCUAAGGUGAAGUAUGGUGGUGGCAGCAUCAUGCUGUGGGGAUGUUUUUCAGCGGCAGGGACUGGGAGACUAGUCAGGAUCGAGGCAAAGAUGAACAGAGCAAAGUACAGAGAGAUCCUUGAUGAAAACCUACUCCAGCGUGCUCAGGACAUCAGACUGGGGCGAAGGUUCACCUUCCAACAGGACAACGACCCUAAGCACACAGCCAAGACAACACAGUAGUGGCUUCGGGACAAGUCUCUGAAUGUCCUUGAUUGGCCUAGCCAGAGCCUGGACUUGAACCCGAUCGAACAUCUCUGGCAAGACCUGAAAAUAGCUGUGCAGCGACACUACCCAUCCAGCCUGACCGAGCUUGAGAGGAUCUGCAGAGAAGAAUGGGAGAAACUCUCCAAAUACAGGUUUGCCAAGCUUGUAGCGUCAUACCCAAGAAGACUUGAGGCUGUAUUCACUUCCAAAGGUGCUUCAACAAAGUACUGAGUGAAAGGUCGGAAUACUUAUAUAAAUGUGAUAUUUCAUUUGAUUUGAUUUUAUAAAUUUGCAAAGAAAAAAAACAACUGUUUUUGCUUUGUCAUUGUUGUGGGGUAUUUUGUGUAGAUUUAUGAGGGGGGAAAAUUAAUUUAAUCCAUGUUAGAAUAAGGCUGUAAUGUGACAAAAUGUGGAAAAAGUCAAGGGGCAUGAAUACUUUCCGAAUGCACUGUAUAUGUGAGUGUGUGGGUAGAGUCCAGUGUGUGUGAAUAGAGUCAAAAAGAGUUAGUGCAAAAAUGGCCGAUGCAGAUAGUCUGGGUAGCUAUUUGGUUAACUAUUUAGCAGUCUUAUGGCUUGGGGUUAGAAGUUGUUCUGGAGCCUUUUGGUCCCAGAAUUGGCGCUCCGGUACCGCUUCCUGUGCAGUAGAAGAGAGAACAUUCUAUGACUUGGGUGGCUGGAUUCUUAGACAAUUUUUAGGGCCUUUCUCUGAGACUGCCUGGUAUAGAGGUCAUGGAUGGCAGGGAGUUCUGUCCGAGUCAUGUACUGGGCCAUACGCACUAUCCUCUGUAGGGCCUUGCGGUCAGAUGUCGAGCAGUUGCCAUACCAACCGGUGAUGCAGCCAGUCAAGAUGCUCUCAAUGGUGCAGCUGUAUAACAUUUUGAGGAUCUGAGGGCCCAUACCAAAUCUUUUCACCCUCCUGAAGGGGAAGAGGUGUUGUUGUGCCGUCUUCACGACUGUGUUGGUGUGUUUGGACCAUGAUAGGUCCUUAGUGAUGUGGUCACAGAGGAACUUGAAGCUCUCAAAACGCUCCACUACAGCCCUGUCAAUGUGAAUGGGGGCAUGUGACUGGGCAACUCUCGGCUGGGUUUUCCUUUGUUGUCCGUGAUAGUUUGCAUGCCCUGCCGACGAGCGUUAGAGCCGGUGUAGUAGGAUUCGAUCUUAGUCCUGUAUUGUAGCUUUGCCUGUUUGAUUGUUCGUCGGAGGGCGUAGCGGGAUUUCUUAUAAGCGUCCGGAUUAGUGUCCUGUGCCUUGAAAGCGGCAGCUCUAUCCUUAAGAUCAGUGCGGAUAUUUCCUGUAAUUCAUGGCUUCUGGUUGGGAUAUGUACGUACUGUCACUGUGGUGACACUUAUUGAUGAAGCCGGUGACUGAUGUGGUAAACUCCUAAAUGCCAUCCGCUGAUACAGGAUCUGAUGUUAUUUACAGUAAUUUCCCUAAGGGUUAAGGUUUGGGAUAGGGAGGGUAAUCUUAUCCUAGAUCUGUGGAUGAGGACAAUGUGUAUCUAUACCAACAAGCUCUCACAAUCUCACUGCAGAAUUGGAUGUUUAUCCACAUGUCAAAUUUAGAAGUAGGUUUUUCCUUUAGCAGACAUUCUUGUCCAGAGCGACUUACAGGAGCCAUUAGGGUUAAGUGCUCAAGGGCACGUUGACAGAUGUUUCACCUAGUCGGCUCAGGGAUUCAAACCAGCAACCUUUUAGUUACUGUCCCAACGCUCUUAACUGCUAGGCUACCUGCCGAAGUUGCCCUAAAUGUCAAAUUUCAAAUAGUUUUUGACACCCUGGGAUUACUCCCCCUGCUCAGUAUCAUUCCGUUUCUCCAAAUGUCAAAUUUCGAAGUUGCUCCAAACGUCAGAUUUAGAAGGUUAAGGGUUAAGGUUUUGGAUAGGGUUAAAACAUAAAGUUUAGGCACUAAUUCCAAAUUGUUAAGAUAAGAGUUAAAACAAAAAAUGAGUGCCCACCACUGGGAUCGAACACGCAACCUUUUGAUCCAGAGUAAUUGGAUUACACCUAUCCGCCACCCCCAAAGUUCUCAGGACAUGAAUAUACGUCCAAUUUCGAAGUCACUCUUGAGUGAUCUGCCUGAUCCAUACCUGCAUGUUGUGUAUGUUGUUCAUGUGACAGAAAGCUACAUUCAGAGAAACACACAACUACUGUGCACACACACGCACACACUCUGGAAGACACAUAUCCAGAGAUACCUACACAAACAACCGACCCCAGCGCACCCUGCGGCCAUACGGCCUAGGAGAGAUUUAUGGAGGCCUGUGGCGGCAGAUUGGCCUGGUGUGGAGGGGCCAGCUUGCCAGCACAUAGCUGACGUGAGAGCACGACACACACACACACAUACGCACAGACGCACACACACACGUACAGUGAGGGAAAAAGUAUUUGAUCCCCUGCUGAUUUUGUACGUUUGCCCACUGACAAAGACAUGAUUAGUCUAUAAUUUUAAUGGUAGGUUUAUUUGAACAGUGAGAGACAGAAUAACAACAAAAAAAUCCAGAAAAACGCAUGUCAAAAAUGUUAUCAAUUGAUUUGCAUUUUAAUGAGGGAAAUAAGUAUUUGACCCCUCUGCAAAACAUGACUUAUUACUUGGUGGCAAAACCCUUGUUGGCAAUCACAGAGGUCAGACGUUUCUUGUAGUUGGCCACCAGGUUUGCACACAUCUCAGGAGGGAUUUUGUCCCACUCCUCUUUGCAGAUCUUCUCCAAGUCAUUAAGGUUUCGAGGCUGACGUUUGGCAACUCGAACCUUCAGCUCCCUCCACAGAUUUUCUAUGGGAUUAAGAUCUGUAGACUGGCUAGGCCACUCCAGGACCUUAAUGUGCUUCUUCUUGAGCAACUCCUUUGUUGCCUUGGCCGUGUGUUUUGGGUCAUUGUCAUGCUGGAAUACCCAUCCACGACCCAUUUUCAAUGCCCUGGCUGAGGGAAGGAGGUUCUCACCCAAGAUUUGACGGUACAUGGCCCCGUCCAUCGUCCCUUUGAUGCGGUGAAGUUGUCCUGUCCCCUUAGCAGAAAAACACCCCCAAAGCAUAAUGUUUCCACCUCCAUGUUUGACGGUGGGGAUGGUGUUCUUGGGGUCAUAGGCAGCAUUCCUCCUCCUCCAAACAUGGCAAGUUGAGUUGAUGCCAAAGAGCUCGAUUUUGGUCUCAUCUGACCACAACACUUUCACCCAGUUCUCCUCUGAAUCUUUCAGAUGUUCAUUGGCAAACUUCAGAUGGCCCUGUAUAUGUGCUUUCUUGAGCAGGGGGACCUUGCGGGCGCUGUAGGAUUUCAGUCCUUCACGGCGUAGUGUGUUACCAAUUGUUUUCUUGGUGACUAUGGUCCCAGCUGCCUUGAGAUCAUUGACAAGAUCCUCCCGUGUAGUUCUGGGCUGAUUCCUCACCGUUCUCAUGAUCAUUGCAACUCCACGAGGUGAGAUCUUGCAUGGAGCCCCAGGCCGAGGGAGAUUGACAGUUCUUUUGUGUUUCUUCCAUUUGUGAAUAAUCGCACCAACUGUUAUCACCUUCUCACCAAGCUGCUUGGCGAUGAUAUUUUAGCCCAUUCCAGCCUUGUGUAGGUCUACAAUCUUGUCCCUGACAUCCUUGAAGAGCUCCUUGGUCUUGGCCAUGGUGGAGAGUUUGGAAUCUGAUAGAUUGAUUGCUUCUGUCGACAGGUGUCUUUUAUCAGGUAACAAGCUGAGAUUAGGAGCACUCCCUUUGAGAGCGUGCUCCUAAUCUCAGCUCGAUACCUGUAUAAAAGACACCUGGGAGCCAGAAAUCUUUCUGAUUGAGAGGGGGUCAAAUACGUAUUUCUCUCAUUAAAAUGCAAAUCAAUUUAUAACAUUUUUGACAUGCGUUUUUCUGGAUUUUGUUGUUGUUAUUCUGUCUUUCACUGUUCAAAUAAACCUACCAUUAAAAUUAUAGACUGAUCAUUUCUUUGUCAGUGGGCAAACGUACAAAAUCAGCAGGGGAUCAAAUACUUUUUUCCCUCACUGUAUAUGCACAGAAAAGUGGCGGUCGGUGCCAUUUAAGAUGAAGGAGGAUGAUUUUUAUUUUCAUGAGCAUGGCCUUAUUUCUAUUACAGCAUAUUGGAUGACUGUCAUUCAUAUUCCAUUCACCCAGUUCAAUUUAAAAGCGAUAGGUUUAGGCUACUACAUGAUACUCACAUUUUCCAUAGACCCAUCAUGAGGUUUCCACAACCUAGCCUAUGAAUUAAUAUUUACAACGUAGGUGCAAACAGGUCGAGAGAAAAAUUAGAGGCGACAGACAGUGACACAUUCAAUACUGCCUUGCGCAUUCUGGCCUGCAUCUAGCUGAUCUAGGGUGUAAUCAUUAGUCCAACAGUGGCAAACAAGAGUUUCUAUUGGACAAAUCCAGGUAUGUUUAUCCCUGUUUCGUUCCUUUUGCUCCUGUUUAAGAAACGUUUUUCAACAGUAUAGGCAGAAUGAAUACACAAGUAAAUACAGUUCACUUUCAUAGCAGCUACGUUGUAUUCAUUCUCACAUCUAUGCACUCUCCUCCUCUCACCUUUUCUCUUCACUUGUGGACUUCAAUGCACAACACAUAAUCUGUAUGUGACCAGGCAAAAAACCUUUCCAAGCCAAACCAUAUACUAACCACUACACACAGCCUACAUUGUUGUCACCAUAUUAACUAAAGUAACGUCAUAGCCAAGAUAGCUUAUAGAACUAACAUGUUAGUAAACCCGCUACAAUCAUGCAUUAAAGUUACAGUGUACAGUCAGUAAGCUGUUUAGCACUUACACCGGUGGGCCCCGGUGGCAAUUAAUUAGUCAACCAAAAGCUUACCUUGACUUGGAAGAGUCCCAGUGUUUUGUUGGAUAGUCAUAGCCAGCUAACUAACAUAGCAUCACUCUGUUUGAGCAUGGUGUUUGAGUAGGCUAAACUAGCUAGCUACAUUUGCUAGCUAAGUAAGUGAAACUGAAAGUGAAAAAAAAUGACAAUCUCUCUAUCUCUCUCUUGCUUCUCCAUCAUUUUGGAAGAAAUUCAUUUGUUCAAAACUGUUCAACCAUUGUCUUUCUCUCUCUUUGCGUCAACUACUCACCACAUGUUAUGCACUGCAGUGCUAGCUAGCUGUAGCUUAUGCUUUCAGUACUAGAUUCAUUCUCUGAUCCUUUGAUUGGGUGGACAAUAAUAAUAUGCCAUUUAGCAGACGCUUUUAUCCAAAGUCAUGUGUGCAUAAUUUUUUUUUUUGUGUAUGGGUGGUCCUGGGGAUCGAACCCACUACCAUGGCGUUACAAGCGCCAUGCUCUACCAGCUGAGCUACAGAGGACCACAUGUCAGUUCAUGCUGCAAGAGCUCUGAUUGGUUGGAGGACGACCUCCAGAAGUUGUCAUAAUUACUGUGUAAGUCUAUGGAAGGGGGUGAGAACCAUGAGCCUCCAAGGUUUUGUUUUGAAGUACAAUCUACCCAGAGGAGGAUGGAAGCUAGUUGUCCUCCAGCUACACAAUGGCGCUACCCUACAGAGUGCUGUUGAGGCUACUGUAGACCUUCAUUGCAAAAAAGUAUGUUUUAAUCAAUUAUUUGGUGACGUGAAUAUAUUUAGGAUAGUUUUAUCUAAAAAGGAUAAAUUCACUAAGGAGGAUGGUCCUCCCCUUCCUCCUCUGAGGAGCCUCCACUGGCACAGAUGCACACACACAUACACACACACAUACACGCACACACAUACGCAUGGGGGCACACACACAUGCUUUCGCACACAUAGGCACAGAAACACAAACACACACAGGGAUAUGCACACACACACACAUACACAAGGGAGGGAGGGAGGGAGUAAGGGGAGACAGAAAGCGAGAAAGAGAGUGGGCAAGGAGAGGGCAGUCAAAGAGGGAAGGAGGGAUGCAGAAAUGAGUGAGUGAGAGGGAGAAAGAGGGGAGGAUGAGGGAGAGGGCAGGAAAAAUUAUCUGCAGUGAGAAAGGUGGAGAAAGUGAGCAAGAGAAAUACAAGGGAUGGUGAGAAGAGGAGGGGGAAGGAGAAACACACACACGGAAAUGUGCACACACACACACAAACACAUACGCACGCGCACACACACACACAGCUCCCAUGUUAUACAGUAAGCAUCCAUGUGUAAUUCCACUCCCUGUGUCAGAGUUCCAGUAGGUACUGACAGGGAUGGAUGAAAAGGAAAGGUGGUAGGAUGGAGGGAGAUAGGGUAUAGCGGGAGGAGGGGAAUGGAGGAGAGGAAAUGGUGGUAGAGAAGACUGGUGUGUGUGUGUGUGUGUGUGCAUGUACAUUGUGUAUGAGUGUGUCAGUGGCGGCGGUGGUGGUGGUGGUGGGGCUGUAGCUGUGCUAUUUGAUGUGGGCUUGGUGAGGGGCCAAGCAUGAACCCAGGAUUCUGGUAGGGCUUUGUUCCCAGCAGGACUGUUUCCUGCUCACAGCGUGUUAUAAGGCAGGAAUGGGGUGCGUGUGUGUGUGUAAUAUACCCAACGGUGGCUUAAACAACGUAUGUUCUACCCUCUUGUAAGAUUCCCAAGAUGAAGAGUUCUCUAAUGUGUGCUGGGGUGUCGCUGAUAGGUGCCUUAGCCAUAUUGGAUUCCAGUCCUGAUGGACUAUAUCAGUAUAUGCAUUUGAUCAGCUACAGUAUGUCCUAGAUCUGUCAUUGUCCUAUUGUACAUGGGGAUUUUCAGCACCUCUGUGUCCCUGCUGGGUGCUGGUCUUUACUAGAAGUGGACUGACGAGGUCAGGGUUCCCCUUUGUUCUCUAAAGUGGACUGGUCUGUGCUAAUUCUGUUCCCCCAUCCCCAACUUUGACAAAUUGGGUGUUGAGAGGUGUCGUGUUAGAAUGCUGUGGCUUUCAAUGCUGUGGCUUUCAAGAGUUAUUUUGCUCUCUCUGUCCUCCUCCAUCUCUCUCUCUUUUUCUUUCCCUCUGAUUCUUGCCCUCACCUAUUACUGUCUCUCAAAGCUCAAACUCUUAACUUGCCCUCCCCCUCUCCUCCCUAUCUUAAACUUUCUCUCUCCCUGCUUUCCUCUCCAUUUCACCAUCUCUCUUUUCCUCUUUCUCUCUCUCUGGUGUUGGAGACAAAAGGGAGUCACUGGGGGAAUCAGUGACUGUCAUUGAGGAGUGACUUUCGGACAAGUCACGUAUGUACGUGGCGGGCAGCGGCGUCCAUUGAUCUUUGAAAGUCGCCGCCACCAACCCCUCGCUAAUGUCGUCAAAGAGUGAUGGGCCUUCUGGCGGCUGACAGAAAAUGUCUGUUCCAUCUCAGACAACAAACAACAAUAAGCCUGCUGGAAAUUCCUAUACUACCUCCUCUUUGAAAUGGAUACUCAGAACAUUACAAAUAUAUCUCUGUUUUAUCUGUGCCUCAGGCCCUGCCCCAUGGAAAGAUUAUUCCAAAUACCUGCGCCGUUUAUCUGCCCCUGGAAUAGGCUUGCCCAGGGAACACGAGGAAGCCUAAAAUAAGACCCUCUAUUAUGGGACAGAACAUUGACUGAGGAGAGAGGGAGAGGAGAGAGGGAGAGAGUGGGGAUGUGAUGGGUGUAUUUUGGUGUGUCGUCCUGCCUGUGAAAGGGGUUGACGCGGGGGCGAUCGGUGGCUCCACCGACCGUAGCCUUUAUCUAUGAGAUAUGUGGGCCCCGCCGCCACUGUCAGCUGUUGUUCAGUGUGUGUGUGUCCGUGCGUGUGUGUUAAUCCUGAUUACAGAAACACUUUAACUCACUUAAAUUCUCUAUUAAUUAUUCUCUAUUCUCUAUUAACACUCAUAAACAUCUGACUAGCAUUGGAAAUUGACUCUUUAUACUGAUUCCACCUUAGGCUCAAUGUGUGUCAUGUGCAUUUGGUCCAUGACAUACACACAAAUUCAAUAGGUGAUUCACUAUUAACUAAGCAGAGGGAGGCUCUUUAUUUUUUCUUUAUUUUCUUUAUUUUUCCACACUUCCUCUCUUUCUUUCUUCAUCUAUCUCUUUCUUUCUUAUGUGGGAUCGGGUGACGGAAUGCGUCACCACCACCUCUGCAUCCCGUUGAUAUUUCCGUCAGCGGCUAAGUGUGUGUUAGCGUCACUGCCCAAGCUCCCCCAGUCAUUCACAUUGUUCCUGUGGCAGAGUGGAGAGGGCAGCGUAGCUGCCAUGCCACAGAUGCCAAAAUAGGAAGGAAUGAGAAGAAAUGAGCUCACCUCAGCCGCUCAUGAGAAAGAGGUGCCAGGUUGAGAGGGCAGGACUGGCAGGACGGGCAGUGGGCAGUGCCAAUGGUAACUCAUAUGUUAACUAUCAUAAUUACGUAGAAAUGAUGCCAAUGCGAUGGAAUUAAGAAAACGUGUCAGGACUAGGACCAGGGGUUUGUCCUGACCACCUGACCAGGAAAAACGUCAGGUCCAAGUUAAAACCUUAUUGUCCAUUAUUAGGGCCCAGAGUUUUCCCUUGUCAGGUCAUAUGGCUAGGAAAAACUCUGGGCCCUACCUCAUAACACAUGACCCUUAAAAAAGAGGCAAGUCACUUCCAAAAUAGUGCAUUCAUUCAGUAGCUGGUGUAGGAUCUAAUGUGUUUUGGCUGUAUUUUCUUAGUCUUCGUCAGACCCUCCAUGUUAAGGACAUUCUAAACAAGACAUUCUAAAGAUGUUAACAAGCAAGGUACUGUUUCUUAUAACAGGCAGAAGCUUCAAAUAUGUGGCCCACCAAACAUACUGUAGGUAAUGUUUGGUGCAUUCUUCAAAAGUGUUGGUAACCACAGUGCUAGUGAUUCAAAAAUACCAGAAGUACAACAAAUACUCACCCGAUUCCCCCUGUGGUUCCAAUGGCUCAGUGGGUAAGUCCUAGCAACACCAGGCUUAUGGGUUUGAUUCCCUCAUGGUCCCCAAAUACUGAAUAUACUAUAGUUGCCAAAAUAAACUCUGAGUCACUUUGGAUAAAGGUGUCUGCUAAAAUACCAUACUAUGACCGAUAUAAUGAUGGUACUAAUACUCACCAAAACCCACAUUCGCCCUCCCAUGCAUCCAUGCACCCCUUUCUCCCCACAGGGCUGAUUCAGCCAAGAUGACCCAGCGAGAGAUGCGAGAGCCUCACUAUCUUCCCACCCGGAAAAAGUCCACCAGCCUGUCAUCCCCGAGCACCGCCCGCCGCCUCUACAGGAACUUGUCGGGGAAGUUCCGUGUGGGCAACCUGCCUGGCCUGGAGGACAGUGAGGUGUCGGGACAGGGCGACAAGGAGCGCCUCCGCAAGUCCGCCAUGGUGAGGGACACAGGCUCAACACAGAGUCAAUACAGGUUUAAACACAGGCUCAACACAGGUGAGAUACAAGCGAGACACAGGCUCAACACAGACACACCACAGACUAAACAAAGACAUAACACAGGCUCAACACUGACACAACACAGACUCAACACAGACACAAUACUGGCUCAACGCAGACACAACACUGGCUCAACACAAGCCCCUAACACCAAAGUCAGAUGAAUUCAUGUAUACCAUUUUUUUAUCUCUGCAUCCAGUAUGAUAGAAGUUAGAGUUAGUUUUGUGAGCCAAUGCUAACUAGCGUUAGCACAAUGACUGGAAGUCUAUGGUAUAUACUAGCAUGCUAGCAGUUACCAUAGACUUCCAGUCAUUGUGCAAAUGCUAAUUAGCAUUUAACAUGUGUUUAUGUGUGUUAGUUCCAGAGCAACGAGGUGCUGUUCGAGGCAGUGGAGCACCAGGAGAUGGACCUUGUGCAGUUACUCCUGUCCCAGUACAGUCUGGAGGAGCUGGACCUCAACACCCCAAACAGUGAGGGCCUGCUGCCCCUGGACAUGGCCAUCAUGACCAACAACAUACCCAUGGCCAGGCUGCUGCUCCACGCAGGAGCCAAGGAGAGCCCCCACUGUGGGUACCUGUUCUGGCUGGCUGAUUGGCUGGCUGACUGGCUGUCUGGCUGGUUAUCUGUCUGUCUUUCUGUCUGGCUGUCUGUAUUUGUUCUGGCUGACUGACUGUCUGUUCGCCUGCUUUCCUGUGUGCCCACUUGCACGCCCGCUCCUUAGCUUAUAGGAUCAUAACAGUUGUUUAUUGAAGAAAAUAUGUGGCAUGUUCCAUCAUAAACCACAGUAUGAGUAGAAGGUGCCCUUUUGGUACUGAUUUAGGAUCAGCUUACCCUCCCCAAAUCUUAACCCUUAGAAUGCAAAACUGACUUUAUAUAUAUAUAUAUAUAUAUAUAUAUAUAUAUAUAUUUGUUUUUUGUAUUUUACCCUUUUUCUCCCCAAUUUCGAUCUUGUCUCAUCACUUCAACUCCCCAAUGGGCUCGAGAGGUGAAGGUUGAGUCAUGCGUCCCCCGAAAUAUGACCCGCCAAACCACACUUCUUAACACCCACCUGCUUAACCCGGAAGCCAGCCGCACCAACCCUCCCCUAACCCGGACGAUGCAGGGCCAAUUGUGCGCUGCCCUAUGGGACUCCCAAUCACGGCCGGUUGUGAUACAGCCCGGGAUCAAACCCGGGUUUGUAGUGAGGCCUCUAGCAAACCGAUGCAGUGUCUUAGACUGCUGCGCCACUCGGGAGGCCCACAAAACUGACUUUAGAUCAGUGUCUAAAGUGACUUCAUCCUAACUCUGGUAAGUAUGGCCAUCGUCACGGCAACUGUACCCACUUCCAUGGCAACCAGAGCAGCUGCCACAGCAACCACAACCAGCAGAACAACCAACCUCUCACGAUGCACCAAACAACAGCACGUUCCCAAACUAGUUUGACAAACUGCAGAGUAUGUCAAAGUUGGCAGAGAGAGAGAGGUGAAAAACACAAUGGCGCUAAGGGGGUGUUGUUUGUCAUCUUGAUGCGAUAUUAGUCAUCUUCAUAAGGCUGUUCUGCCGCCUGUGAUCUAGCAGCCUCCGCCGUCUCACUCUCUGCUAAUGAUUAGGCCUCACCGAGCUCUCCCAGACUAUUUGUGUUUGCACUCCCUUUCCAGAACCUAUCCAGACAUUUUAUAAAGGUAUCACCAAAUUGAAAACACUUGAGGGAAAGUGGUGUUUACUGAAGUUCGCUCUUUGAUUGCUCUCCGGAGCCCAAAUAACACAUGAAGAAAAAAGAGAGGGAUAGAAAGAGAGGGAGAGGGAGAGGGGGAGAGAAAUAAAGGGCUCUCCCGUUAGCCCUAGCCAGGAUACAGAGUCAGCAUUUUUAUAAGAGCAUUGUAAUCAAACUCCAUCUGAGGAGAAUUGAGAUCAAAGACAAUGCAGGGCUUUCGUUGGGCUUUGAAAGGAAGCCAUUGAUUCUGCUGUAGGAGACUUCACAGAGUCUGUCUGCGGCUCCCUGAGACAGACAGGAAACGAGACGUCAGAGCGACAUACUGUACAGAGACAAACAGAGAUAUAGGGAGACAGAUAUAGACAGGCAUAGACUCAUAGUGGUCCUGUGUGGCUGGUACAAGAAAGAGAAAUAACAAUGACACAUACUGAGACAUGCACAGGGGCGUCAUGCACCCCCAAAAUCUGAGGGGACACAAAGUACAUGAGGGUGGCUGUGGGGUGGUUCUCUGGAAGUUGGAGAAUUUUGCAUAUUUCAAACACCUGAAACAGCUUUUUCCUGCAACCUAGAGCCAUAAUAAUUUUGCUUAAUUCUAUGUAAAAAAAAAUAUGUCUAUUUUUCUGCAUAUCUAAGCAGACCUCUUGAGCUGUCUGUAUCCUCGACUGGUGGUUAUUUUUCUUUAAGAAACAAAAUAUUAUCCUCUGCAUCGCUGCUAAAAUCUGGGUAAAUGUGAGUCUUAUUCAGGUCAUUUAGUUAUUGUUUGCUUUUCUAGAGUCUAUCAACCUUGCCAGCAGGCAUGCCAGCGAAGAUAGUUAGGCAAGCUAGCUACUCUAACUUAUUGAUAACCUGAAAUGGCUUCUUGAUAGCUAGUUAUGAAGUUGGGAGAUUGGGAACCUACAGUUGAAGUCAGAAGUUUACAUACACUUAGGUUGGAGUCAUUAAAAUUCAUUUUUAAACCACUCCACAAAUUUCUUGUUAACAAACUAUAGUUUUGGCAAGUCAGUUAGGACAUCUACUUUAUGCAUGACACAAGUAAUUUUUCCAACAAUUGUUUACAGACAGAUUAUUUCACUUACAAUUCACUGUAUCACAAUUCCAGUGGGUCAGAAGUUUACAUACACUAAGUUGACUGUGCCUUUAAACAGCUUGGAAAAUUCCAGAAAAUGAUUUUAUGGAUUUAGAAGCUUCUGAUAGGCUAAUUGACAUCAUUUGAGUCAUUUGGAGGUGUACCUGUGGAUGUAUUUCAAGGCCUACCUUCAAACUCUUUGCUUGACAUAAUGGGAAAAUGAAAAGAAAUCAGCCAAGACCUCAGAAAAAGAUUUGUAGACCUCCACAAGUCUGGUUCAUCCUUGGGAGCAAUUUCCAAACGUCUGAAGGUACCACGUUCAUCUGUACAAAAAAUAGUAUGCAGUAUAAACACCAUGGGACCACGCAGCUGUCAUACCGCUCAGGAAGGAGGAGCGUUCUGUCUCCUAGAGAUGAACGUACUUUGGUGCGAAAAGUGCAAAUCAAUCCCAGAACAACAGCAAAGGACCAUGUGAAGAUGCUGGAGGAAACAGGUAAAAAAGUAUCUAUAUCCACAGUAAAACGAGUCCUAUAUCGACAUAACCUGAAAGGCCGCUCAGCAAGGAAGAAGCCAUAUCUCCAAAACCGCCAUAAAAAAGCCAGACUACGGUUUGCAACUGCACAUUGGGACAAAGAUCGUAAUUUUGGAGAAAUGUCCUCUGGUCUGAUGAAACAAAAAUAGAACUGUUUGACCAUAAUGACCAUCGUUAUGUUUGGAGUAAAAAGGGGGUUACUUGCAAGCCGAAGAACACCAUCCCAACCGUGAUGCACGGGGGUGGCAGCAUCAUGCUGUGGAGGUGCUUUGCUGCAGGAGGGACUGGUGCACUUCACAAAAUAGAUGGCAUCAUAAGGAAGGAAAAUUAUGUGGAUAUAUUGAAGCAACAUCUCAAGACAUCAGUCAGGAAGUUAAAGCUUGGUCGCAAAUGGGAAGUGACCCUGUAUAUACUUACUUUCUCGUGUUCUUCUUAUUUUUAUUUAUCUUACUAUGUUAUUUUUAGUACUACAUUGAUAUUGAUUACUGCAUUGUUGGGUUUAGAGCUUGAAAGAAAGGCAUUUCACUGUACUUGUGCAGGUGACAUUAAAACUUGAAACUAGUGAUGUGGACACCUAGGAACUUGAAGCUCUCAACCCGCUCCACUAUAGCCCCGUCGGUGUGAGGGAGAGGUUGUUGUCCUGGCACCACACUGCCAAUUCCCUGACCUCCUCACUAUAGGCUGUCUCAUCGUCGUCGGUGAUCAGGCCUACCACGGUCGUGUCGUCAGCAAACUUAAUGACGGUGUUGGAGUCAUGCGCGGGCAGGACAGGAGGGGACUAAGCAUGUGUCCCUGAGGGGCCCCCGUGUUGAGGGUCAGUGUGGCGGAUGUGUUGUGGCCUACCCUCACCACCUCAUGCAUGAAGACACACUUAAGCCAAAGUGAGACACAGUGACAUACUGAAAUCCACUUUGAGUCAGGGAGACUGAGAUAGAUACUGAGUCAGGCUGAGAUAGGUACUGAGUCAGGCUGAGAUAGAUACUGAGUCAGGCUGAGAUAGAUACUGAGUCAGGCUGAGAUAGAUACUGAGUCAGGCUGAGACAGAUACUGAGUCAGAUCUAGAAUAACUUCGUUAUACCUCAGAACCUUACAGCACUGACAAACUGUUUCCCCAUCAUAGUGUGUGUCCCAUUGAAAUCCCUGCUCAACAGAGGAACCAAACCCCGCCCGGCCACACUUUUCUCUGACAUUUUAACUCUCAAUUAUGUCACCCUUAAAGAGUGACUGCGCAGUUAAAUGGGCUUUAAUUAGGAAUUUGCAUUAGUGCCUCUGACAAACAAAGACAUUGAAAAGGCUAGAGGGUUAUACCAGUGGAUUACGGGAAAAUAGGAGGUUUUCUUAGAAUUAUUGUUUCUCAUUUUCUGAGGGAAGAGCAAUAUGUUGAAGAAAUGAAAAAAAGGAUAUCUGCACGAAGCGCAUGGCUGAUAAUGUAAUGUGUUGAUCGCCUCAGCGAUUCUAGUGUUAAUAUAAAUUACAACUGUGUGUUGUUGUGCCCUGCAGUCGUGAGCCUGGAGGGCCGUGCUGUGCACCUGGCCACAUUGGUCCUUGAGGCAGAGGAGCGCGUGGGGGACCUGCAGGCCCAGAUGUGGAGUGAGGGCCCCAGGGAGCGGGAGGCAACGGACCAUGAGAUGCAACUCAAGGCCUGGGAGUGGAGGCACCGGCUCUUCAAACGCAUGCAGACGGGCUUUGAGCAUGCCAGUCAGUAGACACACACACACAAACACACACACAAACAUGCAGACCCAAACACAAGCCAAAACACACAUAAUACACGCACAGGGGCACUACCUUGUGCCACUUAAUUGUAAAAUAUGCUGUGUAUGUGUGUGUGUGUGUGACAUUAUACAUUUUUGAGCCAGAGAUCAUGUGCUCAGCUCCACUUGAAGUACAGUUGCUGCCCAGAUCUUUCCAGCAUUGCCUUGAUUUAAAAUGUUCUGUUAUUUUUUGGGUGGCAUUCUGUCUGGGCUGAGCUGUUAAUGGGUUCCAUGUUGUUACGGCUGGGACAGAGCUGGGUGUGUGUGUGUGUGUGUGUGUGUGUGUGUGUACACUACCAGUCAAAAGUUUGGACACACCUACUCAUUCAAGGGUUUUUUCUUUUUACUAUUUUUUACACUGUAGUAUAAUAGUGAAGACAUCAAAACUAUGAAAUAACACAUAUGGAAUCAGGUAUUAACCAGAAAAGUGUUAAACAAAUCAAAGUAUAUUUUAUAUUUGAGGUUCUUCAAAUAGCCACCCUUUGCCUUGAUGACAGCUUUGCACACUCUUGGCAUUCUCUCAACCAGCUUCAUGAGGUAGUCAUCUGGAAAGCAUUUCAAUUAACAGGUGUGCCUUCUUAAAAUUUAAUUUGUGGAAUUUAUUUCCUUCUUAAUGUGUUUGAGCCAAUCAGUUGUGUUGUGACAAGGUAUGGGAGGGUAUACAGAAGAUAGCCCUAUUUGGUAAAAUACCAAGUCCAUAUUAUGGCAAGAACAGCUCAAAUAAGCUAAGAGAAAUGACAGUCCAUCAUUACUUUAAGACAUGAAGGUCAGUCUAUAUGGACAAUUUCAAGAACUUUUAAAGUUUCUUCAAGUGCAGUCUCAAAAACCAUCAAGCGCUAUGAUGAAACUGGCUCUCAUGAGGACCACCACAGGAAAGGAAGACCCAGAGUUACCUCUGCUGCAGAGGAUAAGUUCAUUAGAGUUACCAGCCUCAGAAAUUGCAGCCCAAAUAAAUGCUUCACAGAGUUCAAGUCACAGACACAUGUCAACAUCAACUGUUCAGAGGGGACUGUGUGAAUCAGGCAUUCAUGGUCGAAUUGCUGCAAAGAAACCACUACUAAAGGACACCAAUAAGAAGAAGAGACCUGCUUGGAACACGAGCAAUGGACAAUAGACCGGUGGAAAUAUGUCCUUUGGUCCGAAUUUGAGAUUUUUGGUCUUUGUGAGACGCGGUGUGGGUGAACGAAUGAUCUCUGCUUGUGUAGUUCCUACCGUAAAGCAUGGAGGAGGAGGUGUUAUGGUGUGGGGGUGCUUUGCUGUUGACACUGUCUGUGAUUUAUUUAGAAUUCAAGGCACACUUAACCAGCAUGGCUACCACAGCAUUCUGCAGCGAGUCGCCAUCCCAUCUGGUUUGGGCUUAGUGGGACUAUCAUUUGUUUUUCAACAGGACAAUGACCCAACACUCCUCCAGGCUGUGUAAGGGCUAUUUUACCAAGAAGGAGAGUGAUGGAGUGCUGCAUCAGAUGACCUGGCCUCCACAAUUACCCGACCUCAACCAAAUUGAGAUGGUUUGGGAUGAGUCGGACGGCAGAGUGAAGGGAAAGCAGCCCACAAGAGUUAAGCAUAUGUGGGAACUCCUUCAAGACUGUUGGAAAAGCAUUCCAGGUGAAGCUGGUUGAGAGAAUGCUAAGAGUGUGCAAAGCUGUCAUCAAGGCAAACGGUGGCUACUUUGAAGAAUCUCAAAUACAAAAUAUUAUUUUAAUGUUUAAAACUUAUUUCGUUACUACAUGAUAGCUGUCUAUUUACCACCACAAACCAAUGCUGGCAUUAAGAUUGCACUGAAUGAGUUGUACAAGGCCAUUAAUCAACAGGAAAACGCUCAUCCAGAUGCAGCGCUCCUAGUAGCAGGGGACUUUAAUGCAGGGAAACUUAAAUCCGUUCUACCUAAUUUCUACCAGCAUGUUAAAUGUGCAACCAGAGGGGAAAAAACUCUAGACCACCUUUACUCCACACACAGAGACGCAUACAAAGCUCUCCCUCGCCCUCCAUUUGGCAAAUCUGACCAUAACUCUAUCCUCCUGAUUCCUGCUUAUAAGCAAAAACUGAAGCAGGAAGCACCAGUGAUUCGGCUAAUAAAAAAGUGGUCAGAUGACGCAGAUGCUAAGCUACAGGACUGUUUUGCUAGCACAGACUGGAACAUGUUCUGGGAUUCUUCAGACAGCAUUGAGGAGUACACCACAUCAGUCACUGGCUUCAUCAAUAAGUGCAUCGAUGAUGUCGUCCCCACAGUGACCGUACGUACAUACCCCAACCAGAAGCCAUGGAUUACAGGAAACAUCCGCACUGAGCUAAAGGGUAGAGCUGCCGCUUUCAAGGAACGGGACUCUAACCCGGACGCUUAUAAGAAAUCCCGCUAUGACCUCCGACGAACCAUCAAACAGGCAAAGAGUCAUUACAGGUCUAAGAUUGAAUCAUACUACACUGGCUCUGACGCUCGUCGGAUGUGGCAGGGCUUGAAAACUAUUACAGACUACAAAGGGAAGCACAGCCGCGAGCUGCCCAGUGACACAAGCCUACCAGACGAGCUAAACCACUUCUAUGCUCGCUUCGAGGCAAGCAACACUGAAGCAUGCAUGAGAGCACCAGCUGUUCCGGACGACUAUGUGAUCACGCUCUCCGUAGCCGAUGUGAGUAAGACUUUUAAGCAGGUCAACAUUCACAAGGCCGCAGGGCCAGACGGAUUACCAGGACGUGUACUCCGAGCAUGUGCUGACCAACUGGCAAGUGUCUUCACUGACAUUUUCAACAUGUCCCUGACUGAGUCUGUAAUACCAACAUGUUUCAAGCAGACCACCAUAGUCCCCGUGCCCAAGAACUCUAAGAUAACCUGCCUAAAUGACUACCGACCCGUGGCACUGACGUCUGUAGCCAUGAAGUGCUUUGAAAGACUGGUCAUGGCUCACAUCAACAGCAUAAUCCCAGAAACCCUAGACCCACUCCAAUUUGCAUACCGCCCCAACAGAUCCACAGAUGAUGCAAUCUCUAUCGCACUCCACACUGCCCUUUCCCACCUGGACAAGAGGAACACCUACGUGAGAAUGCUAUUCAUUGACUACAGCUCAGCAUUCAACACCAUAGUGCCCUCAAAGCUCAUCACUAAGCUAAGGAUCCUGGGACUAAACACCUCCCUCUGCAACUGGAUCCUGGACUUCCUGACGGGCCGCCCCCAGGUGGUAAGGGUAGGUAACAACACAUCUGCCACACUGAUCCUCAACACGGGGGCCCCUCAGGGGUGCGUGCUCAGUCCCCUCCUGUACUCUCUGUUCACCCAUGACUGCAUGGCCAGGCAUGACUCCAACACCAUCAUUAAGUUUGCCGACGACACAACAGUGGUAGGCCUGAUCACCGACAACGAUGAGACAGCCUAUAGGGAGGAGGUCAGAGAUCUGGCCGUGUGGUGCCAGGACAACAACCUCUCCCUCAACGUGACCAAGACAAAGGAGAUGAUUGUGGACUACAGGAAAAAAAAGAGGACUGAGCACGCCCCCAUUCUCAUCGACGGGGCUGUAGUGGAACAGGUUGAGAGCUUCAAGUUCCUUGGUGUCCACAUCACCAACGAACUAUCAUGGUCCAAACACACCAAGACAGUCGUGAAGAGGGCACGACAAAGCCUAUUCCCCCUCAGGAGACUAAAAAGAUUUGGCAUGGGUCCUCAGAUCCUCAAAAAAUUCUACAGCUGCACCAUCGAGAGCAUCCUGACUGGUUGCAUCACCUCCUGGUAUGGCAACUGCUUGGCCUCUGACCGCAAGGCACUACAGAGGGUAGUGCGUACGGCCCAGUACAUCACAGGGGCAAAGCUCCCUGCCAUCCAGGACCUCUAUACCAGGCGGUGUCAGAGGAAGGCCCUCAAAAUUGUCAAAGACUCCAGUCACCCUAGUCAUAGACUGUUCUCUCUGCUACCGCACGGCAAGCGGUACCGGAGUGCCAAGUCUAGGUCCAAAAGACUUCUCAACAGCUUCUACCCCCAAGCCAUAAGACUCCUGAACAGCUAAUCAUGGCUACCCGGACUAUUUGCACUGCCCCCCCACCCCAUACUUUUUAUGCUGCUGCUACUCUGUUAAGUAUUUAUGCAUAGUCACUUUAACUCUACCCACAUGUACAUAUUACCUCAACUACCUCAACUAGCCGGUGCCCCCGCACAUUGACUAUGCAACGGUACCCCCCUGUAUAUAUAGCCUCCCUACUGUCACUUUAUUCUAUUGUAUAUAUAGCCUCCCUACUGUCACUUAAUUUUUACUUCUGCUCUUUUUUUCUCAACACUUUUUUGUUGUUUUAUUCUUACUUUUUUGUUUAAAAUAAAUGCACUGUUGGUUAAGGGCUGUAAGUAAGCAUUUCACUGUAAUGUCUGCACCUGUUGUAUUCGGCGCAUGUGACCAAUAAAAUUUGAUUUGAUUUGAUUUGAUUUGAUUUGAUUGAUUUGAUUUGAUUCCAUAUGUGUUAUUUCACAGUUUUGAUGUCUUCACUAUUAUUCUACAAUGUAGAAAAUAGUAAAAAUAAAGAAAAACCCUUGAAUGAGUAGGUGUGUCCAAACUUUUGACUGGUACUGUAUUGUAUGUGUGUGUGUGUGUAGUGUGUAUGCGCAUGCGUGUGUGUUUGUGCGUAUGUGUGUGUAUAUAUCAGUUGAGGCUCCUCAGUGGAGGCAGGGAUUGACCAUCCUCCUCAGUGAAUUUCAUAAAAAUAAGAAUAGUGAAACAUUUAAAAAGUGAUCCUUUUUAGAUAAAACUAUACUAUCAAUAUAUUCACGUCACCAAAUAAUUGAUUAAAAUGUACUGUGUUGCAAUGAAGGUCUACAAUAGCCUCAACAGCACUCUGUAGGGUAGCACCAUGGUGUAACCGGAGGACAGCUAGCUUCCGUCCUCCUCUGGGUACAUUGACUUCAAUACAAAACCUAGGAGGCUCAUGGUUCUACCCCUUCCAUAGACUUACACAGUAAUUAUGACAACUUCCGGAAGACGUCCUCCAACCUAUCAGAGCUCUUGCAGCAUGAACUGACAUGUUGUCCACCCAAUCAAAGGAUCAGAGAAUUAAUCUAGUACUGAAAGCAUAAGCUACAGCUAGCUAGCACUGCAGUGCAUACAAUGUGGUGAGUAGUUGACUCAAAAAGAGAGAAAGACCAUGGUUGUACAGUUUUGAACAAAUUAAUUUCUUCAAAGAUGAAGGAGAAGCAAGAGAGAGAGAAAGAGAGGGAUAAAGAGAGAGAUAUUUCAUCAUUUAUUUUAACUUUCACAUACUUAGCUAGCAAAUGCAGCUAGCUAGUUUAGCUUACUCAAACACCCGGCUCAAACAGAGGCAUGCUACGUUAGCUAGCUGGCUAUGACUAUCUGACACAACACUGGAACUCUUCCAAGUCAAGGUAAGCUUUUGGUUUUACUCAUUUAUUGCCACCGGAGCCCGCCGGUGUAAGUGCUAAACAGCUUACUGACUGUACACUGUACUGCAUUAUUGUAGUGGGUUUACUAACGCGUUCGUUUUAUUAGCUAUGUUGACUAUGAUGUUACUUUAGCUAAUAUGGUGACAACGAUGUAGGUUAUGUGUAGCGGUUAUGAUAUGGUUUGGCUUGGAACGUUUUUUUGGUCACAUACAGCUGAUGUGUUGUUCAUUGAAGUCCACAAGUGAAGGCAAAAGGUGAGAGGAGGAGAGUGCAUAGAUGUGAGAAGGAAUACAACGUGGCUGCUAUGAAAGUGAACUGUGUUUACGUGUGAUCAGGGGUGCAUCCAAUUCUGUUGAAAAAUGUUUCUUAAACGGAAGCAAACAGAACGCAACAGGGAUAAACAUGCCUGAAUUUGUCCAAUGGAAACUCUUAUUUUCAACUGUUGGACUAAUGAUCCUGUUGGACUAACAUCCUAGAUCAGCUAGAUGCAGGCCAGAGUGUGCAAGAUUUUAUUGAAUGUGUCACUGUCUGUCCUGUGUUGCUGUCUGUCACCUUUGUCUCUCGACCUGUGUGCACCAAGUUGGAAACUUUAAUUCAUAGGCUAGGUUGUAGAAACCUCAUGAUGGGUAUAGGGAAAAUUUGAGUAUCAUGUAGAAGGCUCAACCUAUCGAUGUUACUUUGAACUGGGUGAAUGGAAUAUGAAUGACAGUCAUCCAAUAUGCUGCAAUAGAAAUAAGGCCAUGCUCAUGAAAAUAAUCGUCCUCCCUCAUCUUAAACGGCACCGACCGCCACUGGUGUAUGUAUACAGUACAUACAUGCAAGUGUACACAUGCGUGUGUGUAUGAGUGUGUAGUCAUAUGUUUGUGUGUGUGCUCGCAUAUGAGUGUGUGUCACCACUUCCGCCGAGGCUGCCUGCCCUCCUUGUUCGGGCAGGCUUCGGCGUUCGUCGUCACCGGAGUACUAACCACUGCCGCCCCAAUCAUCAUCACAAUUGUCUUGUCAAUCACACACACCUGGUUCUAUUCCCCUAAUUAGUCCGUGUAUAAGUGUUCCCUCUGCCCCUUUGUCCUUGUGGGUGGUUGUUUAUUUGUGGAGGUUAGUGAUGCUCGGUGGAGCACGUGUAUUGUGUAUCGACGGGAGUAUUUUUCCCGUAUGCCUUGUAUUUUCCAGCGCGCCUGUUUAGUGCCCUGGAGUGUGUUUGACGCAUUUCUGCGUAAACCUGUAUUUUGCAGAUUAAAGCCUGUUAUUCUGUGAUUUACCCUCCUGCACCUGACUCCUUCAUCACCACCUCAUCACAGUGUGUGUAGCGCGUCUGUGUUCUCUCUUUGACGUUUUAUAGGCAUUUCAUGACAUGCGUGGUAGUAGGUAGACCGGCAGCCCCCUUACACCCGAAUCAAUCAUUACUCUACAUACUCCGUGCUUUUAUGACCGGAUGGCUUUUGUAGUACAGUAGUGAAAUUAUUCAGAUAGUGUAAGAUGCAUGUUAUGAUUAUGAAUAAAGAAAAAUACGUCUGAGUUAUUGAACACUGUAUGUAACUGUUUUACUGUAAGUAGACUGAUGAAUAAUUAUGAAUGUGGGAUAUCAAUUUAGUUUAUCUUGAUUUAACCACGAUAGUCCGCACAGCAAAACUUUUCACUGUUUUCCAGGGAGUGCUGGGUAUGUGAUAUAUUAUGAAAUUAUUAACACUUUUUGACAGCACUGACUGACUGUGAUGGCAUGAAUAACAUUGUUGAAGCCUUAAAAAGUAAACAAUAGCACAUAAUAUAAAGAUGUCUGUCUGUCUGUCCGCAGGCCCUCCGGAUGCUCCCAGCUUUGUCCGUUUGUCUGUCAGUAGCAGCUCCUGUCUGAGGGUGGACUUCCAGGAGCCUCUCAGUGUCAACUCUGCAGUGGUCACCAAGUACAAG